UGGCAGAUCUAACGUCCCCGAUUUCUAUUCGCUCUCCUUCUCCUAACGUGUCAGUCCGGAUGGUGACAAUAAUCCUGCAUAAAAAUCUGCUAAAUAAUAAAACAAUGAAGCCGUAACCACCCAGAAAAGCUUUCGUUUUGAAAAAGUGAAGAAACAUGGAGAAUAUCCAAAGUCUUCCAAUCGACAUACAGACCGGCAAGCUCUUAGACUGGCUGCUGGAUCGGCGUCACUGUAAUCUCAAAUGGCAGACUGCAGUGAAAGAUAUCAGGGAGAAGAUCAACGCUGCCAUCCAGGACAUGCCAGAGAACGAGGAGAUCAAGCACCUGCUUUCCGGCUCCUACAUUCACUACUUCCACUGCUUGAGGAUAGUGGAGAUACUGAAGGGGACCGAGGCUUCCUCCAAGAACAUCUUCGGCAGAUAUUCAUCUCAGAGGAUGAAGGACUGGCAAGAGAUUAUUUCCCUUUAUGAGACGGAUAAUAUCUAUUUGGCGGAGGUGGCCAGCUUGCUGAGUCGCAACGUGAGCUACGAGGGCCCGGCGCUGAGGAAGCAGCUGGCCAAAGCCCAGCAGCUGCAGCAGGAGCUGAGCAGGCGGGAGGUGGAGUGCCAGAGCUCCGCCGCAGACCUGAGGGAACGCUACUACGCAGCCUGCAAACAGUACGGCAUCACGGGAGAAAAUGUGCCCCGCGAGCUGCAGGCUCUGGUCAAAGACCUGCCGGCGGUUCUGGAGGAGGUCGGGAAAGACGCAGAGAAGUUAGAGGAGCAAAUACAACUUUACACGGCUUUCACACACUUUGUAUGCGACUGGUCCGAGCCGGUCCUGCCGAUGCUGACGUUUGCCCAGAAGAGAGGAAACCCCACGUUCUACGAGUGGAGAACGGGGAAAGCGCCCACCGUGGUUGAGAGGCCGGUGGAGGAGGAAGCGCCUCCCGAAACACUCGCAGAGGAUUCGAUUGAUUGGGGCAACUUUGGCACCAGUGCAGCUGCUCCCGGUGUUAAUGCUGCCAUCACAGUGGAGGAUGGAAUAAACUGGGGCAUCAGUCUGGAGCCGAGCUUUGAGCAGGACUCUGGUGCCAUCGACUGGGGCGACAGUGAAGCAGCUCCCAUAGAAAUUGAAAUUGUGGAUGCAGGCUCAGACUGUCCCGAGGGUGUGGCAAGAGGCGAGGAUGCUUUAUCUGUACUGGAGAACCCUCAGUCACGCAGCCAGUUCAUUGACGAACUAAUGGAGCUGGAGACGUUCUUAACGCACCGCGUGACUGAGAUGGGAGAGGACGGAGACGUGGUGGCCAUGAGCCAGUUCCAGAUGGCCCCCUCCAUCCUCCAAGGCCAAACGCGGCAGCAUGUCCGGGAGAUGCUGGCCCAGGUGCUGGACCUCCUGGGUCGCCUCACCUCCCUCCGGAUGCAGCACCUGUUCACCAUCCAGGCGUCGCCGGGGUAUGUUGAACGCGUGUCAGAGUUGCUGAGGCAGAAGCUGAAGCAGGCAGACAUUCUGGUGCUGAAAGGUGCCACCAUGGUCGAGAAAAGACAGGAAGCCCUGGAGGAGCAGUCCAGACUGGAGCCUCGCGUCGACCUGCUGGCGGGACGCACCAGGGAACUCCAGAAAAUGAUUGAAGCUGACAUUUCAAAGCGAUACCACAAGAGGCCGGUCAACCUAAUGGGGGUUAAUAUAUAAUGAAAAAUCCCAGAUGUCAAAAUAAAAGUGGUAUUUAUCUUCAAGUCUUGCGUUUUCUUUACAUUUACUUAACAUUGGAUGAAAAAAAAUGCUAAAUUUUGUUUAAAUUUGUCCAGUUCUGAUAAAUGUUUGCACUCUUUACUUUGUUAAACCUGUUUUUAGUGAAUAGAUACUUUUAGUAAAUUUAAAUCAACUGAUUUUUUACUAAUAAGUAUGAAUCCUACCUACAACACAUGUUUAUUCAACAUGUCAUGUAUAUUUAAAAAAGUUAAUAUAAAGACAUAGUAAGGAGUAGUUAUCCUGCUUAAAUUACAGGCGAAUCAUAUUCACACAUUUUGUAUUGUAAAUGUUGUAGUUUACUUUAAAAUACUUGUUGUUAAUACUUGCACUGGUAAAAUCAACUAAAUGAAAUUAGUUGGCAACAACUUCACACAACUUAAAACGAUUUUUUCAUAAAUUAACAUGUUGACUUGACUUUUGCUUGUAACUGAGUAUUAGUAAACUGAAAUAUCUGAAUACUUCUUCCACCCAUUCCAUAACAGAAUCAUAAAAACAAUUGUAAAAUUGUUCAUUUAUUAAUGUAAUGAAAUAAACAGCUAAUAAAUGUAUUUUUAAGACGUGA